AUGGCAUCACUGGGCGAGGAUCUGCUCGUGACAGUGAACAAGUUACAGGAUCUGGUCUUCAAUACCAUUGGGAAUGAUUCCUUGGAUUUGCCCCAAAUCGUCGUUGUUGGUUCCCAGUCAUCCGGGAAGUCCUCGGUCCUAGAGAAUAUAGUUGGAAGGGAUUUUCUACCAAGAGGUAGCGGAAUUGUCACCAGACGGCCGCUGAUCCUCCAACUUAUCAACGUACCCAGUGAACGUGAUGAUAAGCCAGCAACCGAUGAGAUCCAUAUCCCCCACACUGCUGCUAGUGUUGCCGGUCAACACGAAUGGGCCGAAUUCCACCAUCUCCCGGGGCGCAAAUUCGAUGACUUUUUGCAAGUGAAGCAAGAGAUCGAAGCGGAAACGGCAAGGAUCGCAGGAAGCAACAAGGGCAUCAACCGACAACCAAUCAAUCUCAAGAUCUUCUCGCCCCAUGUGCUCAACCUUACACUGGUAGAUCUGCCAGGAUUGACAAAGGUGCCCAUUGGUGAUCAGCCGACCGACAUCGAGAAACAAACACGUACUCUGAUUCUGGAAUAUAUCGCAAAACCGAAUAGCAUAAUUCUUGCGGUCUCUCCGGCUAAUGUCGAUCUGGUUAAUUCCGAGGCACUGAAGCUCGCUCGUCAAGUUGAUCCUAUGGGCCGUCGGACGAUUGGCGUUCUGUCAAAGCUGGAUCUCAUGGACCAUGGCACCAAUGCGAUGGACAUUCUUUCUGGGCGUGUGUAUCCCCUCAAGCUCGGAUUCAUUGGCGUCGUCAACCGGUCCCAGCAAGAUAUUCAAUCUGGCAAGGCGCUUUCCGAGGCAUUGCGCGCAGAGUCUGAGUUCUUCCGGCAUCACCCAGCUUAUCGGAACAUGGCCAACCGUUGCGGUACGCACUUUUUGGCUAAGACCCUGAACACAACCCUGAUGUCGCACAUUCGGGAUCGGUUACCAGAUAUCAAAGCCCGGCUGAACACUUUGAUGGGUCAAACUCAGCAAGAGUUGGCCAGCUACGGAAACAAGCAAUUCAGUGGCGAAGAACACCGUGGGUCAUUGAUUCUUCAACAAAUGACUAGAUUCGCCGCCUCGUUCAUCUCAUCUAUCGAUGGAACUUCCUCGGAGAUCUCUACCAAAGAACUAUGCGGUGGAGCAAGGAUUUACUAUAUCUUCAACUCUGUUUUCGGAAAUUCAUUGGAAACCAUUGAUCCGACCCAUAACCUGACUGUCUCGGACAUCCGAACGGCUAUUCGAAACUCGACAGGCCCUCGACCCAGCCUGUUUGUCCCGGAGCUGGCUUUCGAUCUGCUGGUCAAACCACAGAUCAAACUGCUUGAAUCCCCCAGUCAGCGGUGCGUGGAGCUGGUCUAUGAAGAGCUCAUUAAAAUCUGCCACACAUGCGGGAACCAAGAACUCUUGCGGUUCCCCCGCCUUCAAGGGAAAUUGAUUGAGGUUGUGUCUGAUCUCCUUCGUGAACGCCUGGGCCCCUGCUCGAGCUACGUGGAGUCUUUGAUCUCCAUUCAGAGAGCCUACAUUAACACCAACCACCCGAACUUCCUCGGUGCCGCAGCUGCGAUGUCUUCAAUCAUCCAGAACAAACAAGACGAAGAAAGGAAGGCCGUGUUGGCAGAGGAAAAGCGGAAGCGCGAGAAGCGACGCCAAAAGGAAUUGGGCGCUCCUAACGGCACUACGGGGGCUAUCGACGAAGAAGAAUAUGCGGACAAGCAAAAUCUCCCUCUCCGAAGCCAGUCAACGAAGGGCUCGCGGAGCAUGUCUCCUCACGUUGGCCGCAAUGGCGACAAUGGAAUUGCCGCCACUUUAAAUGGCGCCCAUUCUAGCCAUGCGGCUGCGUUUGGGGGAUCUUCCAACAAUGCCCGAGACUCGUUCCUGAACUACUUCUUCGGCAAGGAAGGCACUCAUAACACAGCCAUUCCACCAGCAGGUAUGAACGCCAAUCGACAAGGGCCACAUGCUAGCGAGCCAAGUAUCAGCCAGAGCAUCCGCCGUGCUGAGGCUCGGGCUCCUAUUAUGCCUGUUGAUGAGUAUACUGCACCUGAAUACGGUGAUGAAGCAUCUGUUUUCCCCCAUGAGAACACCGAGCCCGCACUCACGGAUCGUGAGAUGCUUGAAACCGAGCUCAUUCGCCGUCUCAUUUCGUCCUACUUUAAUAUUGUACGAGAGACCAUCGCAGACCAGGUCCCCAAAGCUGUCAUGCAUCUACUUGUCAACCACUGCAAGGAUGUGGUGCAGAACAGACUUGUGAGCGAACUUUAUAAAGAAGACCUUUUCAGCGAGCUCCUUUACGAGGACGAUGGCAUCAAGGCCGAGAGAGAGAAAUGCGAGCGGCUAUUGGAAACAUACAAAGAAGCCGCCAAGAUCGUGGGCGAAGUUUUAUAG